ACUUGAACCCGAUAAUCUACCUUUGUUCUUUCCUUGCAUUUGAAAGUUGUAAAAAUGAUAUUGUCGAGAGUGGUUAAGGGGGUUGCCAAGAAGGUUGAGCAGAGGCCAGCAGUACCACCCCAAAAUUUGAUGGGCUUAGUGCUGACGUUAGCGAAGGCCAUGAUAUUCGUUUACUCCGAGACACUCGGCAAAUGGCACCUCUGGGACUUGUCCAGAGCCAUCCUUUAUGCCAUCAUGGACAAGGGUAAGAAAACAGUUCCCAUGGAAUGUGGUGAAAGAAGUGAUUGUCUGCAACUAAAAGACCCCGACAUGUUAAAGGACUUAUAUGAGCUUAAAAGAUGCUUGACACGGACCAUGCUUUUUAGCAAAAAAAGGUAUCAUUCCAGAUUAUCCGAUGCUGGAUUCGUUGAGGAGGAUGUCCUUCUCAGGGAGAAUUGUGAGAUUCUAGUGCCGGCUUUCACAGUUGUACGUGAUAGAGAAUCAAAAUGUUUGUUCGUGUUCAUCCGUGGAACUCAAAGCUUAGAAGACACACUGACAGAUGCAAUGGGUGCUCCUGUUCCCUUCCAACAUAAAUUCAUUUGCAGUAUCAGUCAUGAUGGUGAGGUUACGAGGAACACAAUUUCAGGACAAGCACACUGUGGCAUGGUUGCUGCAGCUGAUUGGAUUGAACAGCAUUGCACUUCUAUACUACUUCGUGCUCUUCGUGAUUACCCCGACUAUAAAGUCAAGAUCGUUGGACACUCGCUUGGUGGUGGUACCGCUGCACUGUUGACAUAUAGGCUUAGAGAAACACGAGAACUCUCUACCUGCACUUGUGUCACGUUUGGCCCAGCUGCUUGUGUAUCAUUGGAGUUGGCAGAAUUUGGGAAGCCCUUUAUCAUUUCUGUUAUAAAUGAUUCUGACAUAGUGCCUACAUUAUCAGCUUCUUCCAUUAGUGAUUUCAUUUCUGAGGUUAAGAUUAAGCACAAAGCAUUGCUAAAUGCUGCUCAUAGAGCUAUAACUGCCAUUGAAUCUCACUUACCACUUGUAUCUGGUGCUAAAGCAAUUGCAAAUCAUGCAGUAACCAGUGGCGCCAAGCGGUUGAUGAAGCAUAAAAAAAGAGUUCACUCGAUAUUACAUUGGUCCCAACAUGAGAAUAUUGUCUCAUCGUCAAACUCUAAAUCAAGUAAUGAAGACGAAUCUAAUUUUUCUAGUGAUGAAUCUGACUAUGAUGAUGACGCAUUUGAUGAAGAUGAUGAACAAGUCAUAUCUGGAGAAGAGUUGUUGAAGCUAUUGGAGAAGCUUGAAUUGGAGAGUCAAGAUAUUACACUUAACAUGAAUGUUCAGGAAAAAAAAGAAGCCACAACCAAAGAAAUCACAGAAGAGAAUCGUGUUGUUCAUAAUGAAGAAAAAGUUGGUGCAAUUUCAACGUUAGACAACUCGGGUAAACAUCCUCUUUAUCCUCCGGGCAGGAUUAUGCAUAUUGUCCCUUCACGUUCAUUUGGAAAUUUAAGUUCAAACCACAAUGGUCCAGAUGAGAAACAUCUCUACUUAUAUGAAACGCCUAAACAAUUAUAUGGGAAACUUAGACUUUCAAAAGGGAUGAUAUUUGAUCAUAUGACGAACAAGUAUAAAAAGAUGUUGCAUCAAUUGAUCGAUCAAUUAGAAAACAAACACUACCAAUAUGGUGGAUGAUUAGAUGAAGAACAACAAAUGGACAAGAUAUUAAUUAGGUACUAAUAAUUGGCUCGUGGAUAUGUAGAAUUAAAAUUAGUUUUUUUUCAAUAAUAUUUUUAUUGUCAUGUUUUUUGUGUGUAUCAGAAGUGUAAUUGUUGUUAAAAAUAUGCUUUAAUUCGUGGCUGAAGUGGAUAGCUUAAUUUUCAGCCAUUUGUUAUUUUUGCUUAGUGGAAUUCAAUGUAUUAUCCGCAUGUUUAAUCUAUAUAUAUAAUUUGAUGGUAUAAUUUGUAGGUA